GAGGAGCUUUUGAUUGUCUUAAAAUCCGAAGACGCCGAAUACUCAAAACAAAAGAGGAGCGCGCGUAAUUCUGUCCUUGUGCGAGUUGACAUGGAACGUCAAAUGUUUUUACUUGCUUUGUUUCUCUGUGUGACUUUCAAUAUAUGCGAGGGCACAGGAGUAGAUCACAAAAAGCCGUGUGGAUAUCCCCCUUCGCAGUGGUGUCGGUCCCUGGAAAUAGCCAUUGAGUGUGGGGUGCAAAAGCAAUGCCUGGAGCUGAGGGCCACCAGCCCGAACACCACAGUGCCCCUAGUGGAGGUGACCCUGUACUACGAGAGUCUGUGCAAUGGGUGCAGGUCAUUCAUCACUCAACAGCUCUACCCGACCUGGACCCUCCUCAAGGACAUCAUGGCCGUCAACUUGGUGCCCUAUGGCAACGCCCAGGAAAUGCAGAAUGCUGUUAUCUGUCAGCACGGCGAACCAGAGUGUCAUGGUAACAUGAUUGAGGCAUGUAUUCUGCACAGCAGUAGCCAUGAUGAGGCCUUCCAUAUCAUCAACUGCAUGGAGUCUGCCGCUAAUGUCCUGAAUGCAGCCCAGCCCUGCCUGCUGCUGUUUGCCCCGUCCAUAAAAUGGGAGACCAUCUCGACCUGCAUCAGGGGGCCUCUGGGCCGAACUCUCAUCCACCAAAACGCUGCCAAGACCCGGGCUCUGACUCCACCACACAAUCAUGUACCCUGGGUCACCUUCAAUGGGGUGUACACGGAUGAAUGGGAGGACCAGGCAAUGUCCUCACUCUUCCACUUGGUUUGCAGUUUGUACAAGGGACCCAAGCCACCAGCCUGUACAGGAGCUUUGCGGAAAGUGAACAGAAGUUUUUGCUGACGGAUGUUCUUGUCAUUGCAUGCAUUUACUAUAUUCUAAAAUAAAUUGCUCUUGGGCCUAUCUAUCAGAA